AUGGAGAAGGCAGCAUAUGUUGGAGCUGUGUUAGAUACACCAGGAUGGACAUUACGGUCUCAUACAAAUUACAGAAUAAAAAAGAACAGAAACAGAAGAGGGAAAAAAGUACAAUCAUCAGAAAUUUGUUGUGAUGAAGAAUCAAGACUUGCAGAUCCAGCUUUACAAGUGGAACACUUUGAAAACACAGAAAUAAGUUUUAGUGAACAAGCUGAGGACAUUGAGAGGAUUCCAGAUGCUAUCCCCAAGCCUUUAUUUACAGCAGUGUCCUCUUUAGACAACCCAAUUUUUGUCAUCAUUGAUUUAGAAACUACAGAUUUGAGUAAGUAUUUUUCUGAAACAAAAAUUGAAAAAAGAAUAAUUUUAAAGAUAAUUACUUGCAGAGGAAACAUCAUUCCUCACAUAGUACAGAUAGCUGCCAAAGAACACAGAACUCAAACCAGUUUCAACCCUGUUUAUAACUGUAAUAUGUAUGAUAUUUUUUCUCAGAUUGUUAUGGGAUUUAUAGACUCAUUGGCCCUUUUUAGAUCAAACUUUCCCAAAAUAGAAAAAUAUAAUCAGCCAUUUUUAGCACAACAUUUUUGUAAGGAGGAAUAUAAUGCCCACAAUGCUGUGGAUGAUGUAAAUAUGCUUGAUAAAAUACUUAUUGCUGGUAAUGUUUCUAAAGAACUAUUGCUUAAACGUUGUUACAUUUCUAAUUCUCAUUUACUGCAAGAAAACUUCAUCAAGGCAAAAGCUCAAAACUUGCCUAGCUUUCAUCCCCUGACUUCAUAA